AUGUUCGAGGCUGUGCUCAUGCACGAUACAGGCGCGGUGCUCGACGCGGUCCGAAGCACCGCUGCAGCCGCAGAGGCUGGUGCGGCGGUUUAUGCCAGCUCGGCCACGAGCAAUGUUGUUGUGUGCCAAAGCAGCACUGCUACCGCUGGCGCAAUCUCUGUUCAGCACGAGGGCAGCAUCUCCCGCACUCUCGUCAGCACAGACGCGCAAACCACGCUAAAGGGCUCGGACAUCCAUGCAGUCGCGAGUAGUGCGACUGCUGAGAUGCUGCUCCGGCAGGAGUUGGAAGAGAAGUUGCGGUCACAGACCAAGGAGCUCGCUUCUGAGCAGCGCUCUGCGAACGCUAUGAAGAAGGCGCUCGCGUCGGCGCGGGAUGAGCUUGCUGCGGCACAAGAGCUGAGGCGCUCCGACUGCGACAACCUGAGGACAGCGCAGCAGGCUGCUAAACGCGACAUCAAAGCGGCUGAGCGGAUCAUGCAGCUCGAUCAAGGCCGACCAGGCAAAUCAUGCAGCUCGAUCGAGCUGAGUAUUUCGAUGGAGGCAGAGGCGAGGCGCGCUGAUGCCGCAGAGGCAGAGAGGUCAAGGCUGUACGACAAGAUGGAGGGGAUUAUGCGCACGCGUGAGGGGUUGAUAGACGCACUCGCAGAGGCGCAGCGCAAGCGCGAACAAGUGAUUGUUAAGAGAUAUACGUAG